GUAUGUAAAUAUAUAUCAUCUAUAUAUUGGAAGCAUUGUUUUCGAGUCCUACUUCCCUCUCUCUCUCCGUAGCUCCGUUCGAGCCCUAUUUCCUCCCUAUCCCUCUCGCUAACUGAUUUUUCUAUUCGACCCCUCCCUACAAAUUCUCUUUCUUCUCUCUGUCUCUCUCACGUAACCAAGCGCCUGAAAAUUUCAUCGACCUUCGCUCUCCGCAUCGGCGUCAUUAAUCUUCCUCAAGAACCCCGCCACCCGCUACUUUGAUUUCUUGCCCAUUUUCCGACCCCUAUUUAAAGUUCCCCUCGUGUCAUGGACUACGAUAUUUCCGAUAGCAGCGAUACAGAUGAUGAUCUUCCUCCAUCUCACCAAAAGAGAGUUCCAAGGAGGAGUCAUGUUACAGGAAAUGGAAGGUCUGCUGUAGGUCCUGUCCCAUACCUUAGGAUACACAGUGACAUGGAGGCUGAAAUACAUCACCUUGAGCAAGAAGCAUAUUAUUCAGUCCUGCGUGCUUUUAAAGCUCAGUCAAAUGCCAUCACUUGGGAGAAGGAAGAAAUGAUAACUGAACUUAGGAAAGAAUUGAGAGUAUCAGAUGACGAACACAGGGAGCUUCUGAGCAAGGUUAAUGCUGAUGACAUCAUUUGUAAGAUAAGGGAGUGGAGACAGUCAGGUGGGAAGCAACCUCCCAGGCUCAACACUUCUCAGCUUGUUCAUGAUCUUGCACCCAGUCCUACUGUUUCAGCAUCCCGUAAAAAACAGAAGACGACACAAUCGGUUCAGUCAAUGCCUGGUUUGCCCUCAUUGAAGUCAAUGCAGUACCCUUCAUCAGCUCCUGCUGGAAGUAGACAUUUCACAAAUCGCAGUUCUUCCGGAGCUCUGGUCGCAAAUGAAUCUGCUGAAGCUGCAACGCCUGAUACAUUAGUUGGAAGAAAAGUGUGGACAAGAUGGCCUGAUGACAACAACUUCUAUGAGGCUGUCAUAACAGAUUACAAUGCUGCUGAGGGCCGGCAUGCUUUGGUAUAUGAUAUGAAUACGGCCAGUGAGACCUGGGAAUGGGUUGAUCUCAAAGAAAUCUCUCCUGAGGAUAUCCGAUGGGAAGGUGAGGAUCCAGGCAUCCUGCAUCGAGGGGGUCACAGUGGGCAACCCCGUGGGGUUAAGAAACCCUUUAGCCGUGCUGGUGUUAUUCCAGGUGCUGGAAGGGGAAGGGGAUCAAUAAAGGGCCAAUCUAGGAAAGAAUUUCCCCCAUCACAAAAUGGCAUUGGAAAGAAAGUUUCUGAUGAUUUAGAAUUGCUUAACACUGAUACAUUGGUAAAGGAGGUGGAGAGAGUUUUCAGUGCUAGUCAUCCAGAUCCUUCUGAACUUGAGAAGGCAAAGAAAAUGCUUAAAGAGCACGAACAGGCACUUGUUGAUGCAAUUGCUAGGCUCGCAUAUGCAUCUGAUGGUGAAAGUGCAGAUGGAGAGCAGCCACACUUGAACGGGCUAUCUGUAGGAUGAUGAGGAGAAAUCAAGCAUUAUGCUGGAACCUAUCCGGGAUACCAACUCCACAACUGGGGGUAUGAAGUUUCUUCAAGGUAAAUGAUCCGAUGUGGUGGAGAUUCGGUUGCAGCAGACGAUGAGCAAGUUGGUGAUUUAGGCAGUGUCUGAUUCAUUUUAUUUUAUGGAUUUGGACCCACUAGGAAAAACGGUUACUUGCUUCGGUCUUUUGGUAUCUUAGCUACUUCAAAAGAAGGGAUAUCUUUGCAUUGAUGUGCUAAAAUUCCUACCUGCCUGGAAUCCGUGUAACAUUAUAUUAUGGCGGUGAACAUGUAAGUAAAAAAGACUAAGAUUUUGUUGGUAUGAUGACUGCCUUUUGAUGUUGUUGGUUGCA